AUGGCAUCUGAAACUGAAGUACCCCAACAUUAUUCUCUGUACAACAUGAUAAGAAGAGUUAGAGACAUGGCAUAUGAACUUUCCUAUUUGUUUGAAAGAAUGAUAAGAACAAGAGACAUGUUGUCUCUGUUCUUUCCCUUCAUGUCUCGUCUUUUUGAUUUGUCAAUUCGAAGAAACACAGACGACGACCCAGAUCAAGAAUUGUCAAGUAACGUUGAUUCCAACCGUCAAAUAAUCAUCUUGGUGAACCCUUCUACACGGCGCGUGGUUUUAAUCGAAGGAGUUUCAAAUCUUGAAGCUUUGUUUCAUGAGCUUGGAAGUACUACAAAUAAUGGUCAACCACCAGCUUCAACAAAGUCAAUAGAAACGAUGAAAAGGGUUGAAGUUUUUGAAGGUGAAGAUCGAGAGUGUGUUGUUUGUUUGGAACAAUUUGAGGUUGAUGGAGUUGUUAAAGAAAUGCCUUGUAAGCAUAGGUUUCAUGGUAACUGUAUUGAGAAGUGGUUAAGGAUUCAUGGAUCUUGUCCUGUUUGUAGGUAUCAUAUGCCUAUUUGA